GCGAGUUGAUAAAGUAACCAGUCGACUGCUUUCAGUAGACAGCUAGACAUCGAUGAGACUGUUCAGUUAAGUUGAGUUCGAACAUUCCUGAAAUUCUUAACAUUGCAAGAACAAAGUUUCUGUCUGUGCCUAUAAAAAUCGAUAACGACUACUAGAGGGCCGUGUUGCCGACUGCUGACAGCUGACGGCCAUGUGGGGAGUGGGGGAGAACGACCGAUAAUCGUCGGCGGAGCAGCGCCAGCCGCCUGCGCAGCGCAGUGCGCCAUCUUUAGCCAGCGCGUCAGGGCGUCACGCAACUGUCGCGCUACGCUCUUUGUUUACAUCGCACGAGUUUCUUUGUUCGAAUUAGCGCGCGAUGGAUAAAGUGCGUUUGUUUGUGAUAUAGUUAUAUUUUUGCUAGUGUGAGUGAAAGUUUGCGAACAUGGCCAGCGAACACUCUGAGUCGCAGGAGACCAACUCUACGUCGCUCGUGGAGGACUCACUCAACAUAUCGUUCGAAGACAUCAGCUACACUGUGCGACAUGGAAUCUUGGCGGGAGGACGCAAGACGAUACUCAACGAGGUUUGCGGCACGUUCAUUGCCGGCGAGUUGACGGUCAUCAUGGGACAGUCCGGGGCCGGCAAGAGCACUCUCAUGGACAUCCUAGCGGGAUAUACAAAACCGACAAGUGGCAAUAUCUACGUCAAUGGACGCGUGCGCAAUGAGAAAAUGUUCAGAAGACGAUCAUGUUACAUUUUACAAGACGACAGGGUGCAAGACAUGCUCACAAUUCAAGAAUCACUUCACAUAGCCGCUGAUCUCAAAUUAGGAAAUCAUAUUAGUAAACAACAAAAAAAACGACGGGUAGAAGAAAUAAUCACAUCUCUUGGUUUAAGUGCAGCACGACACACGAGAGCUGGCAAUUUGUCUGGUGGCCAGAAGAAAAGGCUAGCUAUAGGUCUAGAAUUAAUCAGUGACCCUCCGGUCAUGUUUUUAGAUGAACCUACCAGUGGGCUGGAUAGUUCAAUAUCGAAGCAAAUAGUAUAUUUACUUCACCUUUUAGCGCGGCAAGGGCGGACGGUGGUGGUGACUAUGCACCAGCCGUCCGCCGCACUCUUGCACAUGGUGGACCGGCUGUAUGCCGUGGUGGGGGGACGCUGCGCAUACGUCGGGUCCGUGCCGCAACUCCUGCCGUAUUUAGAGCAAAUGGACUUGAUGUGCCCGCCUUACCACAACCCUGUUGAUUUCUUAAUCGAAAUAUGUGUGGAUAAUGCGAGCAAACUGGUCGAGAACUCGGAAAAUGGAAAGAAUAAAAGAUGGAUCACAAACGUAUCUCAUGAGACUGAUAGUAAAAUAAUAGAAAAAUCUAAUCUAAAUGCCGCUGUGUAUGAAGAGGUUUGUCUGACGACGCUACCUGCCCCAAAAGAGGACCCAACGAGUAAAAUACUAUUAGCACUUAAGAGUACCUACUCCACGUCACCAUGGAAACAAUUCAUCACCCUCACUCGCAGAUCACUACUGUCAUUAUGGAGAAACCCAUCGUUCACGUUAAUGACGACGGGCAUCCACUGCGCCAUGGCGUUGUUCCUCGGCUUUCUGUUCUACAACGUCGGCGAGGACGCGGCCUACGUGCGGACUAACUACAACUACCUGUACUUCAGCCUCAUGUUCCUCAUGUUCACCGCCUUCAGUGCUGUUACUAUAAGCUUCCCCGAAGAAAUACCCCUGAUCCGACGGGAGCACUUCAACAGAUGGUACACCGCGGGCGCCUACUACAUGUCGACCAUCGUAUCGACGCUACCCACCCAGACUGUCUGCACUCUCUCCUACGCCAUCAUCACGUACUGGCUGACGGGCCAGCCCACUGAUAUCCGCAGAUUCGCUGGCUUCUGCUGUGUGCUGCUGUUGGUCUCUUACGUGGCGUUGGUCAAAGGACUCCUUGUUGGAUCCUUGUUUAAUGUUAAGAACGGAGUAGUAUUCGGUCCAUUCUUCAUAAUGCCGUUUACCAUAUUCUCCGGUUUCUUCCUCCGCUACUGCGACGCACCGUUCUUCGUGCGCUGGUUAUUCCAAGCUUCAUUCCUCAAGCACGGGUUAGUCGGGCUGGUCCUGUCCAUCUACGGCAUGGAUCGGCCCAACCUCGUCUGCUCGGAACUCUACUGUCACUACACGUACCCCACUCAAUUCCUUAUGGACACCUUCGUCUUAGGUGAGAAGUUCUCCAUGCUUAUCGUAGCCUUACUUAGCAUAGGUUCUAUCGUUAGUAUACUAGCCUUUCUAAUACUAAAAAUUAGAUUAAAGAACAAAUGGUGAUUUAAUAAGGUAAGUGUAGUGCGACGAGAUGUGGAAAUCUCGUUUUUUUAUGACAAUACAACUAGUCUGUUCGUGGUCGCAAACUGUAGAGUAAGCGAUGUGUAUCACGUCUGCAUUAUUUUAUGAUAUCGUAACCAAACGAGUUUCUUCGGUAAAUAUGAAACUGAGAAACACAAGUAUUUGAUAUUGUGAAAAGUGCUCCAAUUUUAUAAAGUACCUUAUGUAAUUGUACGGGAAUAUUGUAAUAGAAAUACUGAUAUUAUAUUGAUUUGUAGAGUUUUGCUAAGCUUGAAGAAUAAAUGUAGUCUUCUGAGAUACAAAGUAGAUUGUACAUCUUAUAAUUUUAAGUAUAUUAGACAUUCCAAUGUAAAUAUUGUACAUUUAAGCUACAAUUUAUUACCAGAGAGAAUACGUAUUACCAAAUAUAUUUUAUAAUUUUAUCGAACAAGACAUUUGUUUAAUUUUUCACACUAUCACCACAUAAAUGGUAGAAUCAACCCAAAAUAUUAUUUCUAAAACAUAAAAACCACUGCAUAAAUGAAACUAUUAGUGGUUAUAAAACAAAUUUAAAACAUAUAAUCCUAAAAAAGGUUUUAAAGGCUUGAUUCAACCGGACCGCUUAUGAUGGAUCUAUCGGAAGCUUUCGACACCUCUAAUCAUGAUAGCAGUUAUUGGUAAGCAUUAAUUUCAUGGAUUAUUGAUAAAAUUGACACGUGCAUUUGAUUUUCAUUUUCAAUACAGGUGUAUACCUUGAAAUUUUAGAUAAAUACAUUUAAACUGUAGUUGCAUUUUAGCUCAUUAUGUAUUUUUAUUUGAUUUUGGUUAUAUUAUAAUUUGGUAUUUAACGUCAAAUAAUAUUAGUAAGGCUAUUUUAAUUGUAAAUAAGUAAAUUACUUUCAUAGAAUUAAUAAAAAUACAAAGGGAUUUUAUUGUAUUAAUUUUUUGGUUGAAAUAAUUCUAUGUUACGUUAUAUUAUAUCUUAUGUACUAGAAUGUAUUUAUAUUAAUCACUUAAUGUUACAUGAUGUAAAUUCAAAUAAUUAUAUCGUGUCGUAUAUGUUUUUUUCUUAAGUCUUGCCAUAACGCGUAUGAGUCAUAAAUGUAACAAAUGCAAUAAUGUUAAACAAUAAAUAUGUAUUUAUCAUGUUGUAUAUGUCACCGUAAGAUUACAAACAUCGUUAGAUUACAAUCUAUCUCGAGAGAUUGUAAACUGUUGAAUUAUUGUGAACCGUAACAUCUGAUUGCAAUUUAACGCAUUAUUUUUCGCUAUAUUAUAAUCUAUCGAUGAGAAAUUGUCAAAUUGUCAACUGUCCGAAAGCUCUCCCUGAUUGGUCAGUCUUUUUGUAAGAUCGACCAAUCACGACCAGCCGUGCAUAUACAAAUAUUAAAACACGAGAAAUUAAUGUAAUUUAGGUUAUGUUCGGAAACUAACACUAAUUUGUUGGUUUAUCGUUCAAACUGCUUUUCUUUGGUUAAUCACAGAUAAAUUUUACAUCCUCAACACUUUUAUAUAACUAAAUCUAAAGAUAUAAGUUAUUUUCAACAGGAAAUCAAUUUAUAAUCACGAAAACACAGUUGUUGUUUACACAACCGACAACAAACGAAAUAAACAAACAAAAUGGCGAAUGCCGGAGCGGCGGGGGCACAUUACGUUCUACCAAUCAGCGCGCAAGAUGCAUUCCGUUCUAUGCCAGUUGACAAUUUGACCGCUUUACAUUGAUAGAUUAUAAUAUAGCGAAAAAUAAUACGUUAAAUUGCAAUCAGAUGUUACGGUUCACAAUAAUUCGACAGUUUACAAUCUCUCGAGAUAGAUUGUAAUCUAACGAUGUUUGUAAUCUUACGGUGACAUAUACAUAUCAUUUAAUUUGAUUUCACUAGUCAGACACAGAUAUAACUUUUAAACGAUUCAGUUCGUUUGUUUGGUUCAGUCAUAAACUUUCAGUGCUUUAUGUAUUUACUUUAAUAUAAGCGUGUUGACUGAAGUAAUGAUAACUGAAUAAGCAGAUCAAUUUGUUAGUAAAAUAAAAGUUUUGUCUACAAAGUCCAAAUACUCAGAUUUAACCAACACAAACACAAACAACAAGUUAAUUUUUUAUGCUAAAAGAAAAUGGGCUCGAGAAGGAAAUAUGUAAGUAAAAAAUAUUUUAAUAAGUAUUUUUGAAAGAAUUGUAUGAUAGUACUUGCACACUCAAUGACGCAAGAGGCAAAUAAAAUGUACAUACCGAAUAACUUGACGAAUAAACCAUUCAACCUUA